AUGGAAUUCAAUAAAAACAAAACUUCUUUUGACGUUAGUGGUGGAGAUGACGAGAGGCCCGAGAAGGGCGGAGUAGAGGAGAGGCCCGAGACGAGCGGUGUUACGGCAGGUGACGAAGGCUCCGACGCGGACAUGCGGUCCAGGUCGUCUCACGACUCGGACUCGUCGCGCAAAGGCCGCCUUUGGAAGCGCAAGCGUCGUGAGGAAACCAAUGCGCAUCGGACGAAAGCGACUGUGUGUCGGGCAAGAGCUCGAGCUCGAAGCGGCGAGCGAGGCGGUCGAAAUCAUGCGCCAAUUGAGGGCGACGCGAUCCGCGACGAGCUCAGGAGGAACGUGCCCAGCAGAAGAAUGCUCAACACUGGACCUGCACAGGAGGGCUCAGGAGUGUGUCGAGUGCUAGGAGCCCUUUACUCCCGGACGACGACAGAUGAGAUCCGUCAGCUGCAGGAGGCGAACGAUCGUCUUAAAGCCGAAAACGCCCAGCUGCGCUCGGAGAUUGCGAAGCUGAGGCAGGGCGUGGCCGACUUGUGCACGACGCCUGCACAAGUCCCCUCAACGUCGAGGAAAGAAACCGAUGACGACUCGUUCGUCUCUAAAAUUAUGGACGGGGUCGGGAAAAUGCUCGACGCCCGAUUCAAAAAUUUGGAGGCUUCCGGCAAGCUCCUGCCCGAAGCGCGGGUGCGAGCAGUCGAGGCACCGGCUUCUCAGCCGGCGGAGACCAGUGCUACAACGCUGGCCCCGCCGGCGAACCCGGCCCCGAGGCCUGCCAAGGCAGGCCAAAAGAAGAAAAAGAAGAAGAAGGCGGGUGCGGCUACCCAAGUCGCUGCGCCCAACGAGCCUCGCCCCCUACCACCUGCUCCGGCCGCUCUGACGGAGGGGUGGAAUGUGGUGGCGAGGAAAGGAAGGAAGGUGGGGCCGCCCAAAAACCAGCCCCAGCCCCAGAACAAAGGUGGGCCGGCUAAAAAGCCAAAGACGCCGAAGCUGCGACUGCCGCGAUCGGCGGCGGUGCAGCUGACGCUGCUGCCGGGCAGCACGAGAACCUACGCGGAGGUCCUUGGUGCCAUAAAGGCUGACGGCCUUAUAGCGAGCAUGGGCGUCGAGACUCGCUAUAGGGAGAAGGCCGAGGAGCUUGCCCGGCACAUCAAGGCGGUCGUCGGCGAGGACGUGGCGGUCACCCGCCCGGAGAAGUGCGCCGACCUGCGGGUGGCCGGGUUGGACGACUCGGUCACUCCCCAGGAGCUGGCCGGCGUGAUCGCCAAGGCGGGAGGAUGCCAGGAAGACUCAAUAAAAGUCGGCGAAAUACGCAAAAACUUCGCCGGCGUCGUUUUCGUCGGUUUCGUGUCGGCGAGUGUGUCCCUGCUGAAGACGAGACCGCAGCAAUGUUAUCGCUGCCACGAGGUUGGGCACGUGGCAGCGAAGUGCGACAAGGGGGUGGACCGCAGCGGCCAGUGCUACCGCUGCGGCAAGGAGGGGCACAUUCGCCGGCAGUGUACUGCCGAGGCCUGCUGUCCUAUAUGUCAGGCGGAAAACAAACCGGCUGGGCACAGCCUAGUUGCGUGCCCGCGCAACAAAGCGGGUAAAAGGAGAAAAAAGGCGGCACCCAGGGACAAAACCCGCGCACCGCCCGCCAACCGAGCCGGGGAGGUGACUAUGGAGACCUGA